UCUACUAGGAGGCGGGGCCUUGCCGUAAGUUAAGUGUGACCUGGGCGCAGCAGUUUCGUCUGCUGGCCCCCACCAUGAAUCUUACGCGCGCCGGCGCCCGGCUGCAGGUCCUUCUGGGACACCUCGGCCGACCCUCGGCCCCAACGAUUGUAGCCCAGCCUGUAUCAGGGUUGGCUUCCCCUGCCAGUUUCCAGCCUGAACAAUUCCAGUAUACUCUGGAUAAUAAUGUCCUCACCCUGGAGCAGAGAAAAUUUUAUGAAGAAAAUGGGUUUCUCGUCAUUAAGAAUCUGGUAUCUGAUGAUGACAUUCAACGUUUUCGAGCAGAGUUUGAAAGAAUCUGCAGAGAGGAGGUGAAACCACCAGGGAUCGUUAUAAUGAGAGAUGUGGCCCUUGCAAAACAGGAUUAUAUGCCAAGUGAUAGGAUGGUUUCAAAGAUCCAGGAUUUCCAAGAAGAUGAGGAGCUCUUCAGAUACUGCCUUCUCCCCGAGAUUCUGAAGUAUGUGGAGUGUUUCACUGGACCCAAUAUUAUGGCUCUGCAUGGGAUGCUGAUCAACAAGCCUCCAGAUGUUGGCAAGAAGACAUCCCGGCAUCCCUUGCAUCAGGAUCUGCACUAUUUCCCCUUCCGACCUAGCAACCUAAUUGUUUGUGCUUGGACAGCCAUGGAGCACAUUGACAGAAACAACGGUUGUCUGGUUGUGCUCCCAGGUACCCACAAAGGCACUCUGAAGCCACAUGAUUACCCCAAGUGGGAGGGAGGUGUUAACAAAAUGUACCAUGGCAUCCAAGACUAUGACCCCAACAGCCCCCGGGUCCACCUAGUGAUGGAAAAGGGCGAUACUGUUUUCUUCCACCCUCUGCUCAUCCAUGGAUCUGGUCGGAACAAAACUCAAGGCUUCCGGAAAGCAAUUUCCUGCCACUUCGGCAGCUCUGACUGCCAGUGUAUCGAUGUGAGCGGCACCAGUCAAGAAAAUAUUGCAAGGGAAGUUGUCGAGAUGGCAGAGAAAAAGUAUGGAUUCCAAGGAGUCAUGGACUUUAAGGACACUUGGAUAUUUCGAAGCCGACUUGUGAAAGGAGAAAGAAUAAACAUUUGAAACAGCCCUUCAAGAGUGAGGUACUGGGAUGAUAGUCUGAGACAGGAGCAUCGAGAGUUCGAGUACAGCCUGAGCUACACAGAAGGAUGCUAUCUCCUCCUCUUUCCCCCAUAAACAAAAUGAAAAGAGUUAGCUCUUCCUUAUAAUUCCUUUAAAGAGGACAUCAAAGCAAAGAAAGACAUCUAAGGAAAAAAAUUUUUAACUGAGAUGAUGUUCUCUUUUUAUCACCUGUUAACAAGAUCAAGAUGCACGUAUUGGGGAUUCAUGAAUUUAAUUAAUGUGGUACUAUUGUCUUAAUGGAGUGAAAUAUUACUGUUUUAAGAAAAACUAACCUAGGGUGUAACUAAUAAAGGUGACUGAGUAUAAUGUAGGCAUAUUAAGUC